UGCUAACGCGAUUUUCUGAUAUGAUACCAGGUUCUUAAUGAAUUUACGCACGGUAAGCAAGAAAAGAUAAGCAAGACGGAGUUCAAAGAAGUUCUUUCGGAUUUUCUAGUGGGCAUGGCUGCCGGUUUGAAACGAGACCCUGUAGUCAUUCUUCGUAUCGAUGGCGAAGACCUUAACGAGUUCGUUAAAAGCCCAUCUUUCGAACCCGAGUUGGUUUCCAUAUUUUCAGAAAUCGAAUUGCCAAACGGCUCCUUAAAAGAUUACAUUGUCAAGGCCUUUGAGAAACUUACGGUCGACGAUGGGAUGCCUCCUGCCACAGAUCCUUGGGUCAUAAGCAAUAUUGUGGAGCCGGCUUUGGAAUCACUUGGGGGUGGCCUUGACCAACAAGUUACGCAAGAGAUAUUUUUGUCGGAGUUCGCCAAAGCUGUCGAAAACGUGGUGCAGCUUCUUCAAGAACAACCGGCUAUUGUUGCACACAGUCAGAAUACUUUUGACGGGAGUGGCAUUAAGAGGCUUUUGUCGAACAAAUUCGAGUUGGAAAAGACAUUGGAUUCUGCUAUAAAAAGUGUUCCGAAAGAUCGACACGGGAAAAUAUCAAAGGAAUAUUUGGGUCUGGCACUCGAUUCUUUGGCCGCAUUUGCUGGCUUACCUCCGUUAGGUGCUGUUAAUCAGAUGGAUAGUAUUAUGACCGAGGCUCUUAAGAUGUUCGAUGCUGGAGAUGGAAAAACGGUGAAAGAAGAAGAGUUCAAAAAACUACUGAGAGAAGUAAUUGGAAGUAUAAUGCUGCAAUUGGAAGGCAACCCCGUUUCCGUAUCUAUAAAUUCGGUUGUGCACGAGCCUGUCGCAUCUUCCUCCACUCUUCUGCAGCCGUCGUCGCCAUAGUUGGCCGAAAAAAUAAAAUGGGGCAUGUAACUUAUCUUAGUUAGUACGUAAUAGUUGCUUAAUCACGAAUACUAAUGACAAUUUACUCUUAAUCUUCAUCCUUUUAUUAUGCAUCCAUCUCUCUUGUUGUGUUUUAUAAAGUUGUUUUUUUUUUCUUUUA